UUCUUCUUCAUCACUAUCAUUAUCUCUCUCUCAUUUGUUUACCUACCAAGUAGUUUUCCAUCUUUUGAGAUCCCAUCUUUGUUUGAGAUAUUUGUUUGAAAGAAGAAGAAGAAAAGAUGCUUGCCAUAUUCAGCAAGGAAGUGGUGCAGCCACCGCAGGAGCUUAAUAGCCCGGCCACGCCGUCGUCUAAGAAGCCGAAGCACCCUGAAGAAAUCGUCAAGGAUUUCAUGUCAUGCCAUGACCCCGAUAAUGCUUUCUCUGUUUGCUUUGGAAACAAGUCCCUGAUCGCUUAUGUUCGUCCAGAAAAUAACUUCUCCAUGAAUCAGAGGUUGUUCUGUUCGUUGGAUGACAUAUACUGCGUGUUCUUGGGGAGCCUUAACAACCUCAGCAGCCUGAUCAAGCAAUAUGGCCUUUCAAAGAGCACAAAUGAGGCCAUGUUUGUGGUGCAGGCCUACCGGACCCUCCGAGACCGGGGACCUUACCCGGCCGAUCAGGUCAUCAAGGAUCUGGACGGCAGCUUUGGAUUUGUGAUCUAUGAUAGCAAGGCUGGAACUGUUUUUGCUUCAUUGGAUGCUUAUGAUGGAGUUAGCCUAUAUUGGGGGAUUGCAGCAGAUGGUUCGGUCGUGAUUUCGGACAACUUGGGGGUCUUGAAGGAAAGCUGUUCCAAGUCAUUUGCUCCAUUCCCAACUGGGUGCAUGUUCCACAGUGAGCAGGGACUCAUGAGCUUUGAGCACCCAACCCAGAAGAUGAAGGCAAUGCCUAGGAUUGAUAGUGAGGGGGUCAUGUGUGGUGCCAACUUCAAGGUUGAUGUUCACUCAAAGGUUCAGAAUAUGCCUCGUGUUGGAAGUGAAGCCAACUGGGCUGCUUGGGGACAACAUGCCUAGUUUCCAAGACCCAGAGACUUUAUGACAGAAACUAAUUUCAUCUCAUUUGGAACUUAUGUUUAUCUUGAAUUUUGCUUGGCUUAUUUUCGAGUAUUCAUGUAUAUAUUCCUUCCUUUUUUUACCUUACGAUGAGUAUCUCUGUACAAAUACAUGAAUGAAGUAAUUUUUCUGGAUC